AUGCGCCUGCGGACACCAUUCCAACCGAUUUUCAGCUCGCCUUUCUCGAAGCUCAACUUAAGCAGCGACCAUACCGGAGUUGAUGAACGCCCGGUGUGCUUCGAUGACCACGACCCGCACCUUUCCAUCUACCUUCGACAUCUCAAAGUCAAAAUUUCGGCCCUGCGGAGAGAAGUAUCCACACUCUGGAUCAAGAUUUCGUGUCCAAACUUCAAGAAGCGUCAGGCAGGACUAAAACGAGCUCGUGGCACUUUCGCAUCGACUUGCGUCAACGAGCCGUCUGCAUGUACCAGCGCCAACCGUCGACCAAUCGCCCGCGAAGAGCCCGAGUGGAGGUUUAAGCGAUGUGGAGGACGAGCUCUAUCACCCUUUCGACGUCAUACGCAUGCGAGGACUGAGCCAUGGAACUCAAACCGGAUCUUCGAUCGUCCGAAUAACGCCCUGCAACCUCGUGCGACCCCAUCUUCGCACCACAAGCCUUCGUUCAAGAUCACCUCACGCAAGAUCUAA